UGUAGUCUCAUUUCAAUUUAAGUCGUCGUCCAGUACGAAUCUUUUUCUGAUUCUGAAAUUGUUUGAAAUUUUAUUAGUAGCAACAUUUUUUUUGAAUAUCAUUAUUUUUCUUCUCAUUUGUAAUAAUGACUGAAAUUUUAGUGGACAAGACUAAAAUUUUGAGAUUCCUUCGCGGGCAGGUGGAGCCACAAACUUCGUGGCAGAUUUAACUUCACUUUCAAAUGCAGACCACGGAUCCGAUGAAGCGUGAAACGGUAGAAAAGCAGCUGGUUUAUGUCUUGAAGACCUCCACCCAGUCUGGUGUCAUACAGAGGAAGAAUGAUUAUUACUGCGCCAGCACUUAUGUGGAGGAUGUGAAAAGGAUCCUGAUGGAUGAUAGUAAAUGGUUCACUCCCAGUGCUAGUCCCAGUGAGAUUUCUUUGGGCACACGCAGUCAAAUCUCUAGAAAAAGUCAGAUGACUCAAAGCACUGCAGUGUCCACUAAGAGCGCAGAGAGCAGUGUUAACAAAGACUUGGAAUCGACUAACUUGCAUACAAAAUCAGAAAUACAAAUUAAUGGAAUUCAACCGAAAACCAAAGACAUCGAAAAGAAAAUGUUUUCAAGAUGAGCCUUGUUCAUAUCCUUUUGUUGACAGGAAAACAAGACAACAACGCUAGAAAAGACGCCAGAAAAGACGCAAGGAAAGGGCAAAAACGGCAGAAAAGACAUACAUAUGUAAAAAAAAAAGCAUCCCAUAAAUUGAUAUAAAUUUAAACCUUGAUUUUUAAAUUCAUUUUCAAAAUUCAUUGUUUGCCAAGUGUGAGUCAAUAAAUGGUUAUUAAAUGUUUUCGAUAUAAAUUUUA